GUUUCCGGCUAUUUUAAAUCUGGCUAGCAAUGCUCAUAUCACCACCAAUGCUACCUGUGGCGAGAAGGGACCCGAGAUGUUCUGCAAACUGGUGGAACAUGUUCCUGGUCGACCUCUACGCAAUGCACAGUGCCGUGUCUGUGACAACAACAGUCCUAAUCCCAAAGAACAGCACCCUAUCUCCAAUGCUAUAGAUGGUACGAAUAAUUGGUGGCAAAGUCCCAGCAUUCAGAAUGGGAGAGAAUAUCACUGGGUCACCAUCACCCUGGAUCUAAGACAGGUCUUCCAAGUUGCAUAUGUCAUCAUCAAAUCUGCUAAUGCUCCCCGACCUGGAAACUGGAUUUUAGAACGUUCUGUAGAUGGCACAAAGUUCACACCAUGGCAAUACUAUGCAAUUAGUGACACAGAAUGCUUAACUCGUUAUAAUAUUACACCGAGACUUGGACCUCCUACUUACAAAAGAGAUGAUGAAGUGAUCUGCACCUCUUAUUAUUCCAGACUAGUUCCACUGGAACAUGGUGAGAUCCACACAUCACUUAUCAAUGGUAGACCUAGCGCUGAUGACCCUUCACCAAAGCUAUUGGAGUUUACUUCGGCACGAUACAUCCGUCUUCGCCUGCAGCGUAUCAGAACCCUUAAUGCUGAUCUUAUGACUCUUAGCCACCAUGAUCCUAAAGAUGUUGAUCCCAUUGUUACCAGAAGGUAUUACUAUUCAAUAAAAGAUGUCUCCAUUGGUGGCAUGUGUAUUUGCUAUGGCCAUGCUCGAAGUUGCCCACUGGAUGAAACUGCAAAGAAACUGCAAUGCCAGUGUGAACAUAAUACAUGUGGAGAGAGCUGUAAUGAGUGUUGCCCUGGCUACCACCAGAAACCAUGGAGACCAGGAACCAUUUCUGUUGGUAACACAUGUGAGAAGUGCAACUGUCAUAACAAAGCACAGGAUUGUUAUUAUAGCCAGAGUGUUGCGGACCAGAACAGAAGUAUAAAUAUUCAUGGCCAGUACAUCGGAGGGGGAGUCUGCAUAAAUUGUACUCAACACACUACAGGAAUCAACUGUGAAAUCUGUGCUGAUGGAUAUUAUAGACCACAUAAAGUUUCUCCCUAUGAGGAUAACCCUUGCCAUCCUUGUGACUGUGAUGUGUUUGGGUCCCUGAGUUCCAGCUGCACUAAGGAUGAUGAUCAUUCUGACCUUCAUCAGGGGACUCAGCCAGGUCAAUGUGAGUGCAAAGAAGGUUACUCAGGAGAAAAAUGUGAUCGCUGUGCAUUUGGCUACAGGGGCUACCCAAAAUGUGUGCGCUGUAACUGCAGCGUGGUUGGCAGUAUCAACGAUGACCCAUGCACAGAACCUUGUCUUUGCAAAGAGAAUGUAGAAGGUGAAAACUGUGACCGCUGCAAAGCAGGAUUCUACAAUUUGCAAGAAAGAAAUCCUCAGGGCUGCACAGAGUGUUUUUGCUUUGGGGUUUCUGAUGUCUGUGACAGCCUUGCAUGGCCCAUCAGUCAGGUGUCAGAUAUGGGUAGGUGGUUGGUGACUGAUCUGUAUAAUCCAAACACUGUACAGCCUCAGCAAGGUCAGCUUGAAAGAUCACAUCAAAUAAGUAUCAACAAUACGAUGGCUAUGAAAAUACUGAAGCCCACUUACUACUGGUCAGCACCUGAGCCAUAUCUAGGAAAUAAACUAACUGCAUUUGGUGGAUACUUGAAAUACACUGUAUCUUAUGACAUUCCAAUGGAGAGUGUGGAUAGUGAUAUAGUGUCUAGUGUGGAUAUAAUCAUUCAGGGCAAUGGGCAAUUUCUGAAUACCAGAGCAGAGGGCCUGUCAUUACAGCCAUAUGAGGAAUAUUCCAAUGCAGUGCGUCUUGUACCUGAUAACUUCAUAGAUUUUAAUACAAAAAGGGCUAUAGAUCGGGACAGGCUGAUGUCUGUUUUAGUAAAUGUAACUCAUCUUCUGAUUAGGGCUAGCUACAACAUUGCAAAAAGAGCCAUAUACAGGCUGGACUCUGUCACCUUGGAUUCAGCAAGUGCUAAUGUUAUAGAUCUUUCUUCAGCAGCAGAUGUGGAACACUGCGUAUGUCCUCAGGGUUACACAGGGAUUUCCUGCGAGUCCUGUUUUCCUGGGUACUACCGUGUAGAUGGAAUUCUCUUUGGAGGGAUUUGCCAACCUUGUGAAUGCAAUGGCCAUGCAAAUGAAUGUGAUAUCUAUGGGGUUUGCUUUGCCUGUCAACACAACACUACAGGACUUUUUUGCGAUCAGUGCUUGCCUGGCUUCUAUGGCACUCCAUCCCGAGGAACUCCUGGAGACUGUCAGCCCUGUGCCUGUCCUCUGAGAAUGAAUACAAACAAUUUCAGUCCCACCUGCCACUUAGGAAAAGGAGGCGAUGUUAUCUGUGACAAGUGUCGGCCAGGGCAUACAGGAUCACAGUGUGAAAGGUGUGCCAAUGGUUAUUAUGGAAAUCCACUGGUACCUGGCCAGACAUGUGUUCCUUGUGACUGCAACGGGAAUGUAGAUCCUCUAGAAGAUGGCCAUUGUGAUGCAGUCACAGGAGAAUGUUUGAAGUGUGUGGGGAACACCAUGGGCCAUCACUGUGAGAAGUGUGCUGAUGGGUACUAUGGGGAUGCAGUGAUCACUAAAAGAUGUCAUGUCUGUGAAUGCCAUCUGAAUGGUUCACUUUCCAGCAUUUGCCAUCAUGAGACUGGCUUCUGUUACUGCAAACCAAAUGUGACUGGACAAAGAUGUGAUAAAUGCUUGAAUGGUUAUUAUGGCUUGAAUACUGGACUUGGCUGCCUUCCUUGCGGUUGUAGUCAAUCUGGAUCAGUCUCUGAGGAUUGUAAUGACGAGGGCCAGUGUCACUGUGUACUAGGAGUGGCUGGGGAAAAGUGUGAUCGCUGUGCUCAGGGCUUCCAUACAUUCCAGGAUGGUGGUUGUACACCUUGCAAUUGUCCUCAUACUCAGAACAACUGUGAUGCAGAUUCUGGCCAAUGUAUCUGCCCCCCUCACACAGAAGGACCAAAAUGUGAACUCUGUAAGGAAAACUACUGGAGACAUGAUUCUGAGCUUGGCUGCAAGGCCUGCAAUUGCAGUGCUGUUGGUUCAGCCAGUCUCCAGUGUGAUUUAUUGACUGGUCAGUGCCAAUGUAAAAGUGAAUUUGGAGGAAAAGACUGCUCCAGGUGUGCUUUAGGCUAUAGGGAUUACCCAGAUUGUGUUUCUUGUGACUGUGAAUUGAAUGGGACCAAAGCAGACCAGUGUGAAGAGGGUCAAGGAAUCUGCACUUGUGAAGAAGAGACUGGCAUUUGUGCCUGCAAGGAAAAUGUCUUUGGAUUGCACUGUAGUGAAUGCAAGACUGGAACCUUUGCUCUCCAAGCUAGUAACCCUGUAGGAUGUACUCCUUGCUUCUGUUUUGGGAUGUCAGAAUUCUGUUCAGAAUUAGAAAACCAUGCCAGAAUUCCAGUAACCCUGACUCCAGAUCAGUCCAUUCUUCAUGUGGUUUCUCAAAGUAAUCUCACAGGAACAAAAGAAGGUGUAUUUUCGCAGUUUCAUGAUGUUUUAUUGGAUGCUGCAACAGUCAGACAGCACUUGAAUACAGAACCAUUUUACUGGAGAUUGCCAGAUCAGUUUCAGGGAGACCAACUCAUGGCUUAUGGAGGAAAACUGAAGUACACAGUUGCUUUUUAUGCUUUGGAUGGCUUUGGCACCUCAAAUUUUGAACCACAGAUUCUGAUAAAGGGAGGUCACACCAGUAAAUUAGUCAUCUAUGUGGAUAUCCCUGCUCCAGAAAACAGAGUGAGACAUCACCAGGAAGUAGAAAUAAAAGAGCAUUUCUGGAAAUACUUUAACUCUGUGUCUGACCAACCUGUCUCUCACUCCGACUUCAUGUCAGUGCUUAGCAAUGUUGAGUAUGUCCUUAUCAAAGCAUCGUAUGGUCAAGGAUUACAGCAAAGCAGAAUUGCAAAUAUCUCAAUGGAAAUAGGAAUGAAGGUUGAGGACAUGCAUUUGGGCAGAGAGAGAGCACAUCUCAUAGAGCAAUGUGAAUGUCCACCUGGCUAUGCUGGAUUUUCGUGUCAGAGCUGUGCUCUUGGAUACUACAGGGAAAAACAUGCAGACCUGAAUGUAAAAGAGCCACGUCCAUUGAUAAUGCCGUGUGUACCAUGUCAGUGCAACAACCAUAGUGAGAUCUGUGACCUGGAAACAGGAAAAUGCCUGAACUGCAGAGAUAACACAACUGGUGAUCAUUGUGGUGCUUGUGCCCCAGGCUACUACGGGAAAGUACUUGGAUCUGUCCGUGACUGUUCUCUUUGUGCCUGCCCCAGAGCCAACACCAUUAGCUUUAGUCCUACUUGUGUUCUGAAAGAUGUUGAGGAUUAUCACUGCGAUGCUUGUCUCACUGGAUAUGAAGGGCAGUACUGUGAAAGGUGUUCUCUAGGUUAUUAUGGAGAUCCUGAAGCACCUGGUGGCAGCUGUCAGCAGUGUCAGUGCAAUCCAGAUGGUUCUGUCGACAAUAAUUGUGAUCGUAUAACUGGAAAGUGCAUCUGCAAGCAGGGUGUGGCAGGACAACUCUGUGAUGAAUGUGAACCAAGACACAUCCUUGUGGAAAAUGAAUGUCUUUCAUGCGAUGAUGACUGUACAGGUGUCUUAUUAGAUGACUUGGUUAACCUUGACAAAGCUAUAUUUUCAGUGAAUCUCACUGAUGUUGUCCUUGCCCCAUAUGGGAAAUUAUCAGAGUUGGAGAAUACAACAAAACAAUUCAAGCGGGUUUUAUUACCUAGAGAAGAUCCACUUCAUUCAAUACAGACAGCAAAAGAACAUCUGAUGAGUAUACCGGGACGCACUGAUCAACUGCAAAAGGAGUUGACUAGAAUGUUGGAGAGGGGCUGGCAACUCAACAGCAGCACUCAAAGAAACAUGAACAGGAGUCAGGAAUUGACUGUAUCUAUUGAGACAGUGUAUACAACCAUCAAAGUCCUUGCUGAAGUGGCUACAUCAUUAAAUGAGACAUUGGGUCUGGAUUUCCAGCUGUCAAACAGCACAACUCAGAGUUUGCUGGAGAAUAUCUCUACCCUGCUGGAAACAAUGCAUAAAAGGCAUUUCAGGGAGCAGCACCAAAAUGCCAAUGCUGUACUGAAAGCUGCAGAAAGGUUGUUGCUACGGGUUCAGAAAGAGUAUCACAGACCCCAGCAAGAAUUUGCAGAACUGAAAAAAGAUACAAGUGAUCUCUUAUCAAACCACAUGAGCAGACUACAGGAAGCCCAGGACUUGGUGAAUGAGGCUCAUGCUAACACAAAUGAGACGAACCGUCUGCUUCCCCUUAUCUAUAGUAACCUGGCAGAAUUAAAUAAUGAAAAGCUAAACAUAAAUGAGGAAAAUGACCUUUUCAUCAUGCUAGUUAAGGAAGGGAAGGCAUUGGUGGAUGUUGCUGCACGUCUUGCCACAGAUGUAAAGAACUCUACAUCGAAUCUAGAUUUCCAACGAGAUGGGCUGGUUCUCUGGAAUGCGAAAUUGCGGCAUCAUGUGGAUGACCUGGUUAUGCAGAUGUCCAUGAGAAGAAUGCUUGACCUAGUCUACAGAGCAGAGGAUCAUGCAGCUGAACUUCAAAGACUUGCAGACGUUUUAGACAGUGGCCUUUCAAAUGUAAGAAAUGUAUCUUUGAAUGCAACCAAUACUAUCUAUGCCCACCCCAACAUUAAAAGUUUGAUUGAAAGUACAGAGAGUCUAGCAGAUGAUGCUUCUCGAAUUAUAAUUGACCCCUUGGACCUGCCAGGCGAAUCUUUUGAUUCUCUUGGGAAAGACACCCUACUGCUUAGUUUGAAAUUUCUAAAUGAAGCAAAAAAUCUGAAGAGGAAAAAUGAUGGCCUUGUGUCUGGAUUGAAUGGAUUGAGGAAAAAGGUACAAAAGGUUCGGGAGGGUUCUCAUAAGAUUGCUAAGCAGCUUAAAGUUUCAGUGACAGCACUGAGAGCACUACCUAAUGAUACCAAUGACAAAAUUGUUGAAGCAAAAGAGAUGGCUAUGGCUGCGAACAAAAGUGAUGUUACUGGUGUAAGCUAUAUUGUGGAUUUUACUCAGAAGCUGAUGAACACUUCAUCUGCAUUGUCCAGAGUUAAUGACACAUUGCGGAAAACCAGUGAACUUAUAAUGGACUCAUCAAAAGCCGCAACCUCAGCUGAACAACAAGUUAAAGAAGUAGAAGCACAAGCCAAUCUUUUAUUUGAUAGGCUGAAACCGCUGAAAAGGCUAGAAGAGAACCUGAGCAGAAAUCUGUCUGAAAUAAAAGAACUCAUCAGUCAGGCCCGCAAGCAGGCAGCAUCUAUUAAAGUUGCAGUAUCAGCAGACAGAGGUUGUAUUCGUGCCUACCAGCCUCAGAUUUCAUCCUCUAACUACAACACCUUAACAUUAAAUGUUAAAACAACAGAACCUGACAACCUUCUUUUCUAUAUGGGUAGCAAUGGAAAUAAUGACUUUAUAGCAGUGGAGAUGCGGCGUGGUAGAGUAGCCUUUCUUUGGGAUAUGGGCUCUGGAUCAACAAGAGUGGAGUAUCCUGAUUUUCAAAUUGACAACAACAAGUGGCACAGGAUACAUGCAGCCAGGUUUGGAAAAACUGGUACACUGAGUGUAGAGGAAGUGAGCUCCACUCAGAAGCCCUUAACUAAAACUGCAACCUCUCCUGGGACAGCUACUGUACUGGAUGUAAACAAAUCAACACUGAUGUUUGUUGGUGGACUUGGAGGGCAAAUCAAGAAAUCACCAGCGGUUAAGGUGACUCAUUUCAAAGGAUGCAUGGGAGAGGCAUCCUUGAAUGGCAAAUCUAUUGGUCUUUGGAAUUACAUUGAAAGGGAGGGUAAAUGCAAUGGAUGCUUUGGAAGCCCUCAGGAUGAAGACACUUCAUUCCAUUUUGAUGGCAGUGGAUAUUCAGUUGUGGAGAAGGCGCUCCGCUCCACCGUGACUCAAAUAAUAAUGUUUUUCAGCACCUUCUCCCCUAAUGGGCUCCUGCUAUAUCUUGCUUCUAAUGGCACUAGAGAUUUCUUGUCUCUGGAACUUGUUGAUGGCAAAGUGAGACUGACUGUUGAUCUUGGUUCAGGACCACUUACUCUUUCAACAGAGAAUCGUUACAAUAAUGGGACAUGGUAUAAAAUUUCAUUCAGCCGCAACAAGAAACAAGGAGUAUUGGCAGUCAUGGAUGCGUAUAACCUUAAUUCUAAGGAAACCAAGCAAGGAGAAUCCCCUGGAGUAGCCUCGGACCUCAAUCGUUCAGAUAAGGACCCAAUUUACAUUGGUGGACUACCAAGAACAAGGGCUGUGAGGAAAGGACUUAGCAGCAGAACAUAUGUAGGUUGUAUUAAGAACUUGGAAAUAUCCCGCUCUACCUUUGAUUUGAUUAGAAACUCAUAUGGUGUAAGAAAAGGCUGCAUAUUGGAGCCUAUCCGUAGUGUCAGCAUCUUGAAUGAUGGCUACAUUGAAUUAGAGCCUAAGCCCCUAUCUCCUGAAACAGAACUGAUGGCAACUUUUGCUACUAAGAACAGUAGCGGAAUCAUCCUUGCUGGUCUCAACAAGGGAGCAGGGAAGCGACAACGCAGACAAGCACAUUUGCCCUUCUUUUCCAUCAUACUGAUUGAUGGUCAUCUCACUGUGCAUGUUAAUGCAGGGGACAGAGCAAGUACCAAAAAAGUAAUUCUCCAGUCUGCUAAUGGGACAUACAGUGAUGGACAAGAACACUCUGUCAUCCUGAUCCGGAAUAAGAGGAUGAUAACUGUACAAGUGGAUGAAAGUAACCCUGCAGAAAUGAGACUCAGCUCAUCAGCAGAAAUUAGUCCUAUGAAUAUUUCCAACUUCUAUGUUGGUGGGGUGCCAGCAGGCGAGGGCAUCUUAGGGUUGAAGAUGACUGGAUCUUUUUACGGAUGUAUAAGCAAUCUGAUUUUUAACAAGGAGCUUUUGGAUUUCACCACUGCUGUGAGGUAUCAACAUGUGGACAUGGGUAACUGCUUGCUUUCAGAGAAGCCUAAACCAGCAAUACAUCCAGAAGAUAUUGAGAUUCAACCUGACCUUCAGGCUUUGCCAGUUCCUCUAAGGCCUCUUCCAGAUAAUAAGGAGGCACAGUGUGCACAAGAUGAAAUGCCAGAUCAUGUUCCCGGUGCCCACCAGUUUGGACUUGCCAGAGGCAGCCACUUAGUACUGAUUUUUAAUCCGAGUACUGUCAGAAGGAAACUCUCUGUUCAGCUGAACCUCAGAACCUAUGCUUCUAGUGGCCUGAUUUACUACAUGGCUCAUCAGAAUCAGGUUGAUUAUGCAGCCCUUCAGCUUCUGGGGGGACAGCUAUAUUUCUCAUUUGAUCUUGGAAAAGGAAAAGCAGUGACUUUUCACCCUGUUAUCAUCAGUGAUGGAAAAUGGCACAUGAUAAAGGCAGAAUAUGUUAAAAGGAAAGGCAUAAUUAUCGUUGAUGGUCAGGAGUCAGCAGCAGUUAUUGCUCUGGGAGAUGGCAACACACUGGAUGUUGAAGGGAAGCUCUAUCUGGGAGGACUUCCCUUAGAUUAUACAGCUAAGAAUAUUGGAAAUGUCACCAACAGUAUCCCUGCAUGCAUUGGCAGUGUAAUGGUUAACAAUAAGCCACUGGACAAAGAAAGCCCAGUCUCCAUCUUUGCUGUGAAUAAAUGCUAUGCAACAGCACAGGAAGGCACUUACUUCGAUGGAAGUGGCUUUGCUGCUCUUGUUAGAGAAGGUUAUAAAGUCCGAUCUGAUGUGAAUGUUACAUUUGAGUUCCGUACCACUGCUGCAAAUGGAGUUCUUCUUGGAAUUAGCAGUGCUAAAGUAGAUGCCAUUGGAUUGGAGAUUGUAAAUGGCAAGGUUUUGUUCCAUGUCAACAAUGGAGCUGGCAAAAUAACAGCCACAUAUGAAACAAGAGAUGCAAAUAGCUUAUGCGAUGGGAAGUGGCACAAACUUCAAGCAAACAAAAGCAAACAUCGAAUUGCUCUGAUAAUUGAUGGGAAUGUGGUCCAGGCCGAUAAUCCUCAUAUCCAGUCAACAUCUGCAGAUACAAACAAUCCUAUUUAUGUUGGAGGCUAUCCCACUGAUGUGAAGCAAAACUGUCUGACUAGCAAGAGCUCAUUCCACGGGUGUUUGCGAAACCUGAUGUUGAUCAAAGGCCAACAGGUAGAAUCCUUUGACUUCAGCAAAGCCUUUGACCUGCGUGGAGUCUUUCCUCAUUCCUGCCCUGGACCUGAACACUAAACUGCAGGGAAAGGUUUUAGGAUCCAGAGCGGGUUAAUUUUCGUUGUUGCAGUUGCUUUAUUUUCCCAUUUCUUUGUGAAGAGAAGUUGUUGUGAGAACCCAGGCCUCUUUGAUUUCAGUUACUUUUCAACUCAGGACAAAUUUUUAGGCAGAAGUUCUGCGCUUAACAUUUUAACAAAAAAUACCUCUACUAAAAUGUUAACAGCCUUAAUUGGGAUCAUUUUUCUUUUUGAACCUUUUAUUAAUCAGUGUUUACAACAUGUGUUCUGUUGAUUACUUGACAGUAUUUCAUUUAAUUGUAUAAAAAAUAAAAAAAUAUUGGAGACCACAUAAUAAAAAUGCAAUAAAACAUGGAUUGUGUCAC